AUGUCCAAAAUGAAAAUCAAAGAACAAUACAUGGAUCAACCCUGUCGCUUGGUCGAUCGAAGACAACGAGCGUACCGAAAUUUGGAUGUGUGUCAGGCGGAUGGAGAAUGGGUGGAGGAAAGCCAAUACAAUAGAAACGGCAAGAAGAAAGUGUUGGUCGGGAAUUGGCAAGAGGAGCAAGUAAUUGAGGAAGAAGUUCCGAGCAAGGAGAGAGUGGGUCCUCCUCAUCUUUCCACCAGUGGAGAGGACAUUUCCUUUAAACGACCAAAAUGUUCGGCCACUGUUGCCACUGGAAUUGAUGGAAAAUUGAGGACUGUGUUCGCAGACUGGCAACAACCAAAACCUAAAGAAUUACCUCCAACCACGCUCCUGAUUAAGGGAGAUGAUUCCGAUUUUCAAAAAUCAUUAAAAACAAAGAAAUUUGAAGCUCCACAAAUACCAAGAGAAGAAGACUCCGUUGGUCGAAGAAAGAAAUUAGAAGAAGCAAAAUUAUUAGCCCAGGCAGCUGCUGAACUUGAUGCUUUGGAAGCAAUGAAAAACGAAACAUUUAAAAAAGUCAUGACUGAAGAAACAUUCAAGACCACCUAUAAGGUCGAUUUAGGAAAAGAAAACAAUCCCACUCCCUCUUUGGAUCUCUCUUUUGCACAUACCAAAGCCAAUCCCUCUUUCACCUACGUCCAUGAUAUGCCUGUCACCAUCUACUCGGAAAGCGUUCUGAACAAAAAUCCCAUCAAGGAAAAACUUUCCGCUCACGUGUACCAUAGUCCUGUCAAUCCUCUCGGCCAUUCUUUUGCUAAAAACACAACCUUUUCAAAACCAAUUUAUGAAUACAAAGAUGGCCCAACCAAAGAAUAA